CUUUUGUCUCCCGAGCUUGCGGAACGAAGUUAUAAGGUCCACUCUUCUAACCUACGUAUACCGAGGUCUUUUGGUGGUAAGUAGAGCUUCGCUCGAAAAUUAAAUAAACUAAUUAAAUUUCAUGAAUCUUAAAUCAGAAUUUCAGCGGUGAACAUUGACUGCAAACCAUGGCUUAUGGCAACGUUCGAUUUAGUUCGAAUCAGAGACCUGUAACAGUUCAGUCCAUCGUAGAAAGUUUGAUGAUAAUUCGAAGAAAUGUGGCGAAUAUACGGUUUUAAUGAUAUAAAAUUGCUCAGCCUUUAUAGUGACUGAUGGCAUUUCAUUUAACACGCGGUAAGGUGAAUAGAAGUAGUUUGAAUAAUGUUCCAGGGAUAUGUUUUCAGAGUGUACUUGAUAACAAAAGAUAAUCAAUCUGCUCUGUGAGAAAACUCGUGAAUUGACAGAUGACUUACAUGAAUUUUUGGAUUAUGUUUAAUGUUAUCUGGUUUAGGGAAUUUUGUGGUUGAUUGUCAUUUUUAGAGUACGAGCAGUAGUUCAGUGUUCGCUAAUGUAGCAAAGAAACAAAGUAACCUUGGGAUAAGAAGGCAUUACAAUUGAAAUGAUCAUGCUAUUACAUUUGAGAAGGGUGGAUGAUGUCAUGUAUUUUAUAAACAUAUCAUUUUUGUUUCUGGUUUAAAAGAAAGGGUUGGAAGUAAAUGAGGGUGAAAAGUGAAAUUUAGUGUCUAUCAUUGUAAAUAUUAGAAAAUUAAGGCAAGACUGUCUUAAUGAAAACAUUAAUGAUUCCCUCUUUAAUAAAUGAGACAAACGGGAACGUGUUUUGAGUGAUAUAACUAAGCCUAGACUGCCACCGUCAUUUUGGAUUUCUGCUUGGGUACAUUUUGGUCACGUGCUAGGCAACGUAUGAUCAAGAACAAGAUAGUAUUUCAUUUCAGGCCUAUUUAUCAAUUUUGUGGUGUAUGAAUUUCGCAUUUUAGUACGUAAUAUUUAUUUUAAAUCUUUAAAUUGUCUUGAAACUUAAAAGAAAAUUAUUCUUUAAAAAUUCACUGAAAAUCGGUAGCCAAAAUUAUUUGUUUAGGUGUUAUUUGAUUUUCGUGUUAACCUGUAAUUUCGUCAGUUUCCGGCAUCUUCUGUUGCUUCACAUAGAAAAAACACACGAUACGAAAUGUAAUGAUCGAUUUUGUCCUCAAUCUCACGCCAUAACAGAAAAAGCUUUUCAACACCUGUAAACUCAGAGCGCUUCGGAGUAAGUGAUAUUUUUAAUGAAUCUUUAGAUUGUUUUCAAGUUCAAGGAUUGUAAAUUACAAUUUUAUGAAAAACGAAGGUUGUUCUCUUAUUUCAGUAUGAAUCCUCGCACGCCUGCCAGUUGCUGGCAGGCGUGUUGAAAUUCCUGCGCCGCUUGUUGAAACUAAAACGAAAAAAAUAAACUCUUUUAAGAUUAUCAUUGGCUUUUUUUUUCACCCCAUCACUAUUCCUAGCAACAAAGGUCACCAUUUCGUUUGUUUAUUGCUCGCCAAAAAUUAUCAAAUGCACUCAAAAGCCUAAAAUCGAAAAAAGUUUACAGGAAUCGACCAAUCGAGCGAGCGAGUGCCAUUCUCCACAUCAUAUCUACAACUCGCUCUUGCGCAUGCGCGCAAUUCACGAGUUAAAAAUUUUAUAUCACAGUGAUUUUAUUCGAUGAACUUACGAUUGCCUCUCUUAGUGAGUUAUACUACUGUUAUCAGUACAUUUUGGAUGUUUCUGAGAGUCCGUUGCAGUCGGACUUUUCAACCACAAACUGCAUAACAGAGUGAGUAAGUAAAAAAUCGGGAACCCCGCUCAGCAACCCCCGCUCCACUCCCUCGCUUCUCGGGACCGGACUUGAGAAACGGCGGAAAUCGACUCUACAAUCAAUCCUUUAUUUAAACACGUGACACCUAGGAGUACAGAAGUUCUCGUUAAAACGUGUACGUGUAUGUACAAUUAGAAAUAAAGCAUAAUUUCUGUAAGAAUACAAAUAGUAAGUAAAUCUAUUAAAAAGCUAAAAACAGGAUCGAGAAUCAUGGACAAGAGCUAUCAAUUAGAAGUUACAAUAUUAACAAUAUUAACAACAAUAACGAUAUUUACAAUUACUACCAUUAAGCCAUGUGGGCUUUAAGAGAACGCUUAAAUGAAGCAAUAUCUUGAGAUUCUCUGAGUCUAGGGGUAGCGCAUUCCAAAGUUUACUAGCUAAAAAUGAAAAAGACCGAUGUAAAAACUCAAGAUUAAAAGGAGGUAAAUCUAGCCUUGUACUGAGCCCGCGUAAACUAUACGGUACAUUUCUAAAAUGAAAAAAAUCACUUAUAUAAGGAGCCCCUUAUCAUACAAGCACUUAUAUAACAUAACCAACGAUUGGAAUUGCCUACGAUUCUCCAAAGACUUAAUGUCGGCCAACUUGAGGAGGAAGUCGUAUGACACAGACUUCGAGAAGCCUAAUAUAGUUCUUAAUAUAAAGUAAUUAGUUGUCUCUAUUUUUGUAGUCUCCGCGUUACCUAUUCCCAGUAAAAGGGGACUGCAGUACUCAAGAUGAGGGAGGACAUAGGCCUUAUAUAAACGAACUAACACGUCCUUUGAAAUAAACUUACGUAUUCGCCGCAAAGCCGAAGCCUUUGCGCAUCCCUUAUUCAGCUGUUGCUUUAUGUGCGCUUUAAAUGUUAAUUUGCUAUCUAGGACCACCCCAAGGAUUUUGAGUGUGUCCUUUGUAUGGACAUUAGCAUCAUUAAGAUGGAAAUCAUAUUGGUAUGAAGACGGGCCAAUAGCGAUAGCUUGCGUUUUGGCGGCAUUAAUCUGUAAAAAAUUCAUUGAGAACCAUCUCGAUAGAACGCUCAGAUCAGAGUUAAUUAUAUACUGCAAUACUGUUGGUGAGACAUCAGAGGCGUAAUGAGUAGUGUCGUCAGCAUAUAGCCUCAAGGACGUACUAGUAAUAAAAUAAUUAAGAUCAUUAACAUACAAAUUAAAUAGGAGAGGACCCAACAGGGACCCCUGUGGUACACCAGUUUUAACGGUUCUCCAUGAAGAAUAUACACCGUCAAGUUUGACUCUCUGUCUUCGUCCAGUAAGGUAAGCGGUCAUAGUUUCCAGCGCAUCAUGCGUAAAACCAUAUGCCUUUAAUUUAGCUAGGAGAAGCGGGUGACAAACAGAGUCAAAAGCUUUACUUAGGUCGAUAGCCACCGCUGCAACAGCUUCUCUUCUGUCAAGACAGGCUCUCCAAUCUUCAGUCAAUUUCAAUAAGGCCGUGCAACACGAGUGACCCUUGAGAAAGCCAGACAGGUUCGGUGAGAGUCGCCAAUGAAAGGCUUCAUAGAUUUGAUCGAACAAUACCUUCUCAUAUAAUUUCGAUAAGGAAGUCAGAACAGAGACUGGACGAUAGCAGGUCUUAUCUGUCAUACUUUCCUUCUUGAAAACAGGAACAACGUCGCUGCUUUUCCAAACUAUUGGCCAUUGACGGUUGGUGAUAAAAUAAUUGAUUAAUCGGGUAACCGGCUCGGCCAUAACAGGUGAGGAUAAACGAAGUAGCCUCUGAGAUAUCUUAUCGCACCCAGCAGCCUUGCGAGGGUCAAGAGAAUCCAAAAUUUUCCUUAUGUAGCCAACAUCAACUGGGACGAGGUCAAAAACAUCAUCACAAGUUUUCUCAGCAAUGACAUUAACGCUAGGAUGAUCAACAAACUCAACCAUUUCCUUACUGUCACCAUCACUCCUAGACACCUCGCAAAAGUAGUUGUUAAACAUUUCAGCCACCAUUAAUGAAUCGGUAAUUACACGCUCAUUCUCAAUCAGAAUUAUCUUUGAUUGCUUCUUUUCUUUGCUUGGCAACAAAGGUCUUAACUUAUUCCAAAACUCACCAUGAUGUUUAGUGUUUGACGAUGCCUCCAUGCAGAACGCCUUCAACCCUUUUCGUUUCAGGGAUGUGACCUUGUUUCUCUGUUUCUUGAAUUCCUCCCAAGAGGUUGUUGUUGGGCUCUUUGCAUGUUUCUUAAACAGUCGAUUACGACGCGAGAUUUCGCGUUGAAUUAAUGGAGUUAUCCAUGGCAACUGAUCACCUCUGACCCGUUUUUUCUUUAUUGGUGCGUGUUUGUCCAACACUUCAGUGUACAAUUGAGCCCAAUGGUGCCAUAGAUCAUCAACGUCGUCAUAAAUGUAAGCGGAACUCCAGGGAAUAGUUUUUAGGUCAUUUAAAAAUUUUUCUAAGUCGAAUUGUCGCAUACUUCUGUAUUCAAUUUCACGUGCCUUAGCCCUAGGUAAUUUAUUCUUUCGCACCGCAUAGAUAAGAUCGUCCUAACGGUAAACGAACAAACAAAUCCUCGCAACUUUAGUACACUCACCCAACAAUAUAUUCCACUGCCGUUCAAAAGUGAACAGUGAAAGGAGAUAAAUCUGCAUAGAUUAAUCAUCGACAGGAGUUUGGCGAAGGGUUAGAGAAGACAAAGGAUUGACUGCUUAGACAUUCAUAAAACUGAAGAGAAUAAGAAGACGAUUCGGAGAAGCGUUGCCUCUGGGUGGUGAUAGAAAUACUGCCCGCCUAAAGAACAAAAUAUAUAUCGCUAUGAUAACAAUUAUAAUGAUAAUAAUUAACAAUUAUUCAUCAAAGUGGGGGUGAACUGUAUUUGCUUUUCAGCUCCAAUUUAGCCAAUCAGCGCGCGUGAAAGGUACUAUUCACUUGCAUGAGAUAUAAACUAAUAAUCUUUAUUUAAAAAGGGUAAUUAACAGUAACAGUAUAAAAACUGAUUAGUCAGUGGCUGUCUUCAAAGAUUAAUUCGAAAAAAAAAAGAUGAAUAGGUUCACAAGAAUUAAAUGCCUGGGUGGUAAACAAUCCCGGUGCACUUUCACUAUUACUAAGAGAGCCAAACUGAAAUAACAUCGAUCAGUUUCUCUUUGUUGUCAUUCGGACCUGAUGAGGUAACCGCCCUAGGUAAACUUGUGGGACAAUGACUUGUACGUUGUUUUACAUACCUUGAUUUUAUGUGCCAAUAAUGCAUAAAGAACAGUAAUAGAAAGCCAUUUAUUGUAAGAUUGCUCCUCUCGUGAAGUACUUUUCUUAAUCUGUUACUUCUAACAGAAGAUACUCUUUCUAGGAGAUGGGUUCAGAGGACAUCAAGCUGUUGAUAUGUGGCAGCGGUAAUGGAGCGCACGCAUUUGCCGGCAUAGCGUCCUCUUUGCAGGGAACUGAAGUUCGUGUGCUUAGCCUGUAUCAAGAUGAAGCAGAACGUUGGAAUACUAACAUGCAAAUCAAGGAUCUUGAAGUUGUCUUGCAUCGGAAGGGACAAGAUACAACAUCUGUUACAUCGAAACCUUCGAUGGUAACUAAAAGCGCUCGGGAUGCUAUGCGGGAUGUGGAUAUUGUCGUUUUCGUACUUCCAGCGUUUGCGCAUCAAGUCUUCCUGGAUGCCUUAAAACCCUAUAUAAAACCUGGCACAGUACUUGUUGGUAUGCCGGGAGAGCCAGGUUUUGAAUUCCAAGUUCGUCACGUGCUGGGCGAGACAGGACGGCGAUGCACUGUAAUGAAUUUUGAAUCUUUACCAUGGGCGUGCCGCAUUACUGAGUUUGGCGCUAAAUGCGAGGUUCUUGGUACCAAGGAGACUCUUCUAGGAGCCGUGAAGGUACGUUUACUUCGCAUCAUUUGAUGAUUUCGAGGGGGUCCUCGCGCUUGAAAAGGGAAUUGGAAAUGUCCCAGUCGUACAAUGCUUUUCUGCCUUCAUCAGUUUUCUCCGUGAUGAAACCUUCGCACUCGUUUUUGAAAUAGUACAUCACAUUUGUGCGUACUCAUCGUCGCAGAAGAGAAAAUUCACUUUUUAACCGAUUACUAAUGCUGGUCCGUUCUCAUUGAUCACAAUAAGAAAGCAAUACAGGUGUUAAAUAACUUUAGUGUAGAACGAUAAUAUUUAAUGCUCAAGCACACCAUUUCAAUCUCCUGCGGCCUCGAGGCGCUCUUUUGAAUUACCAAGCCACGAAAAAAGCUAGCAAUAGACAAAAUACGUCAAAAUAACUAGAAAAGCUUUGUUAAGUCAUUUCUUGCUAAUAUUACUGAACUGCGAUACCAUUACGCGAUUUCAAUUUUACAAUAAACCUUGCGCACGGACAAAAGUUUACAGUCGGUAGAUUUUACUAUAUAUUUCAUGGUUGUUCAAACAAAAACUCACACUUCCCUUGUAUCAACAUUACCCAAAUCUAUUUCUGAUAAACAACACGAAAUAAGUGAUAAUCUUCAGAAUGGUUUUUUUCGGACGUCGAAACAACCUUUCGCCAUACAUUUCUUUAGAGCGUUUUGCAAUGUUUGCCUAGUGGCGAUCCCAGAAAUCUUUGCACAAACACAAAGAUCCGAUCGAUCACUGGCAACUCAUUCAUUAUUCUCUACAUUCUUGAAUCAUCUUCUCUUGUGGAACAAGGUACUCCUAAAUUUGUGGGAUGUAGCGUAUUUUGUUUUGCAAGUGAGACAAAUCUUUUGCAAUACCUCCUUCUGGCAUCAUUAUACAACCCCUAGUUCUUUUCAGUGCUAUAAAGAUUGUGUUUUAUCAGGAGCCAUAUGCAGUCUUAAGCUGCCUAUUUUUUUUAUUGUGAUAUACAUUCUCAACAGACUGGAGUAUCUUUCAGCCCGCGUGCCUUUCAUCUGAAGCUCGAAAAUCUUAAUCUCAGUUGAGAAAGAGCGUAGAAAACUUUUUUUACUUUGUUUCUUUGACUAGCAUGCGUAUUUAAAUAUUUCAAGUAAAAUAUUCACACGGACGGAUGUACAAGUAAAAUAUUCACACGGACGGAUGUACAAGUAAAAUAUUCACACGGACGGAUGUACAAGUAAAAUAUUCACACGGACGGAUGUACAUGUAAAGUCACGCUGUCAUUGCGAAAUUUCCACGGUGUCGUUAGUUAACACAUUUUCCUACCUGCAGUGCUAGGCUUCGUGGACUGCAAGCCCACUUUUAACUUUUGGUUUGGUGUUUUGUUUUUAAAGGAAGGAGAGGGUUUGACAGCCAAGAAGGAUCCGGUAUCAACAUUGCAAUAUCUCCUGGGACCUCUCCCUAAACUGAUCGUUUCGGGUCACCUUUUGGGUGUUCAGUUAAUGAGUGUUAAUGCCUAUUUGCACACUUCAAUAACUUAUGGUCAGUGGGAGGGGUGGGACGGAAAGCCACUGGCUGAAGCACCUUUGUUCUACAAUGGCUUGACCAAGUCAGCAGCAAGUAUUAUCUCCAGUGUCUCUGAUGAGGUUGUGAAUAUUGCUAAGGGUUUUGGAGAGAAAACAGGAGCAGAUAUGUCUAACGUAAGGCGUUCCACUUUAUUUUUUGAUUUACAUUUUAUGUUACAUUCGAGUGGGGGAUUUCUCCCCUGACAAGAAACUAAACUGUACCCACGAAUUCUCAAACUUUGAGUCCCAAUGAAAGACUGAGACAAUCGUUCACACGACGCAAACUUACUUCGAAUAACUUACGAAAGGUCGUAAUUAUGUACAUGAAAUUUACUUAUUUCUCUUCCACAUCACAUAAGACACACAUAACUUUGUUCUCUCACUUUCACGUGACUGCAUUACAUUAAGAUAUGACAUCUCACGAUAUGACAUGUCACUCUUAUUUGUUCUCAUCAACGCUCUAUACUGUCCACUGCAAAGAACUUCCCAACAAAAGUCUCUCACGGCGCUAAACAGAAACUUGGAAGAUAAAGACACACAAAUUAACAAAUGUAGCAACUGCGAGUGGCAUCAGCAUUAAAUGUCAAUAGCUUUAAUAACCAACUAUUUAAUUCCCUGCGUAUUUCAUCACAAAUACUUUUGCAGUGUAUUUUUUAAUAGGCCUUUUCGCAAACUGCUACUUCUUUUUUGUCAAUGUAGUUAACAAUUUAUCUGCGAGUUUCGCAUUAAGAUUCGUUAAAUCUUUGUCACGGGUAUAGAUCUGCACUCCAUUUUUUUGGGUAAUAAAGCAUAUCUUCGUAAUAUCAUAAGGAAGUUUCAGUUUGUACUUUGAAGUUAAUUUGCAUGACACUUUUAUGAGGGCUUCCUUUAAUGUGAAGCUUUCUAAGGCCAGAACUUAACCACUAACGUCCCCCUUCUGGUUAGCAGCUAUCUCUUGCUCGAUUAAUAGCUCUGUCAUAAUGUCAACUAUUUUAAUGCGAUCUUGUACAGGUGGAGCACAUUUACAAUUGGUACAUGAGAUGUUAUCCACAAGACAUCUCUGACAAGACCAAUCUCUACACAGCAAUACAAACUAAUGCUGCCUACCAAGGGUUGAAACAUCCCGUAAAGAAAACUGAGGAUGGAAAAUUCCUUCCAGAUUUCUCCCACCGUUACAUGACGGAGGAUAUACCGUUUGGCUUGGUUGUCAUCCGAGGUAUUGCUGAAAUCAUGGGUAUCGAGACACCGAAUAUCGACAAGGUACUUACAUGGAGUCAGCAGCAAAUGGGAAAGGAAUAUCUGGUGGACAAAAAGUUGCAAGGGAAAGAUAUCAGCACUUCAAGGGCACCACAGAGCUAUGGGUUCACUACCAUUGAAUCCAUCCUGUAAACCUGCUUCUUGAUAUUGUUACCUUAGAUUUUAAUGUCGAGGUUAAACAACGAUAUUUGUAUUUUUCAUUGUUCAAAAGCCAUCACAAGAAAUGUUUUUCAGGAAAGAUAAGAAGAACUGAGGCAGUGAUCUGUUUCGAUGAAAAUGAUGUAAUUUCCAAUUAAUGCUUCUUCUAAGGUGCAUUUUGCGUAAAGAGGGUAUGGCUUGUUGAGUUGCAAAAACCUACUUUAAAAGACAUGUUAACCUUUCCUCGAUUUUGUCCCACUAUUCGUUUUGAUCAUCGCCGUUGUAUUAAGUCUAUUACCACUGAAGAUGUUCAGUAUUAAACCUUAUUGUAGUGUUAAACUUUGUAACUUAUUUUUGGUCAUUUAUGGCUCAGUGUCAUAAAUCAUUGCAGAGGUCUACUUUCCCUGAUUGUUUCAGGGUAAUCAGUACAAUAACAAAUGUUAGUUUACCAGAGAUCAAUGGCUUCAGAACUUUGUUAAUACUGUUAGAAAUAAUUUCCUAACACUCGUCGUUCAGUUGACUAUUUCUUUUAUUCUCUCUUUUAUUAUGCAAGUUAUUACAACGGGGACUAGCUCUGAUCUCUCUAGGAAAGUGUGGAUCACCGCCUAUAAAGGUGACACUUACUGAGCCGUCAAUCUCUAACCUUCGUCAUUUUUUUGCACUUAACCAUCGAAUCACGCUAAACUACGCAGAGAGGAGUUCGCAUGCUAAGUAGAUACCUUUGCGAUGUUUACGCUUUACGAAAUGUCUUUCUAACUUAAAUCUCUUGGUCUUACGGUCAAGUUCGGACAAAACAAAAACAAGAUUGACAAAAGAAAAAUUAUAAUGAACUUAACAACAGAAUUAAAAUCAUACUUGAAAAGAUAUCUUAAGAGAAAAUA